UAUCCUCUGGACGUGGCCGCGGGUGCGAGAUGAUACCGUGAGAUAGAGAUAGAGAGACAAAAGAGAAAAGAAGAUCGGUGUUGGUCGUCGUAGAUACAGUAGAUACUCGACGCGGACAUCAUUCGAUCAUUUGUCAUUUAUUAUACGUCAUUCACGUAGCAGAAGACCGUCCUUUCUCUGGUAGCGACGCACGACGCAAUCCCUUGGCGUUUCCGCUACUACACACGCUAAUUACGCGAGAGACGCGAGAUAUACGUUUACAUCUGUUUGCUUCGCCGCUCGUUCGGUAUCAGCUUCGGUGUCAAAUGCGUCUUAUACAAAGUAUAAGGGGAUGGCGAGCCGUCUUCAUCGGCUUCGUUGUAAUUUGCGUGGCUAAUUUACGAUUAGUUUUCUGUGACAAGGAAUCGGGCAACGAGGGAAAAGUGUACUCGGAAGAACCGCGACAACACACGUGCUGUGCCCGACACGAGAAGAUGAUCGAUGUUGGAUACGGAAUAUCCGGAGAAGUUAUUCAAAUCGACGCCGGACAUUGUCGGAAAUUGUGCCCGCGACAUGUGUCCGAUGAUCCCGGAGACGCAAGUCGGCCAGCGGUGCAGAAAUGUUCAACGGAGUCCCAUUGUCGAGCGAGGGCCGCGAAAUUGGAGAGAGUAUCGACGUUGCAGGGUGUCCGUGUCAUCGAGACUAUCGAGACGUGCGAAUGUUCGCCAGAGGCGUCUUGCAAAAGAGAAUCCUACGUUCAUCUUGUACAUUCCGGCACGCCGCAUCAGGCUGUCAUGGAUGUCGGGGUUUGCAUCGGACAUUGCGGUAAAGAUCUAGGUUGCAAGCCAGUUCGGAAUAGCACAAUUAGCAUCAAAGGACCAAAUGGGGACGAAGUCUAUCAAGUGAUUGAGAAAUGCGGCUGCGCCGGUAACUGCCACAGGAUGGAUCACAUGGAGACCGUGUUGGAUUACAGCGAAGUGGCGAUUAAAGAGGGCAUAAACACAACCGACGUCAGACCCGUGGUCCGACAAAUAAACGUCGGCCAAUGCGUCGGUACGUGUCCGGGAAAUGAGACGGAAACGUGUCUCUUGCGCGACAAAAAAGAGCCAACCAGAUGUCUAGCAGGUCUAUAUUCGAAGCAGCACUCUUGCACGCCAGCCAGAUUUAAGGUGCACGAGUAUAGAACCCGAAGAGGUGCGAAGAGAGAAAUUAUUCAAAUUACUCAGUGCGCCUGCGUCUAGACUGAAAUUGCCGCUUCAUUGCUGAGAGUCACGUCGUUUCCUCGGAUCGAAGGCAAAGGGUGGAAUACGACAGUGUG